AUGCCAACUAGGCAUAUUGCAGCGAUACGGGGUGCGAGCGCAGCUGUGCCGCUCAGUGCAGCGGCCACACUGUGUUGUGGGUCCCGAUUUCGCGCGGCGCGCCAUCAAUUUCGACCUCGAGCGGCGAGCGCGCCGACUCGAGUUCAUCUCAGCGGCCCGGCCGCCUUGCCAAGCGCGCCACCGCGCCAGGAUUUACGCGCCGCGCCACCGCGCUGGCGCGCGUUUCCAGAGAUUUUGGGUGUCCCCGAGCACGACGAUGAGGUUGCGGCGAAGAAGUGGGAGAAGNAGGAUUUACGCGCCGCGCCACCGCGCUGGCGCGCGUUUCCAGAGAUUUUGGGUGUCCCCGAGCACGACGAUGAGGUUGCGGCGAAGAAGUGGGAGAAGCGCCCCGAAGCGCCGAAGCUCAGCGCUCAGCGCUCAGCGCCCAGCGCUAAGCACAGUCGUCUUUGGUCUAGACCCAUGCGGUGA